GUGUGUGUGUGUGGGGGGGGAAACUGCACAAAUCCAGUCUUUAAAAAAAAAAAAAGCACGUUAGUAAACAUGUAGAGAUCUCGACAGGUGUGAUGAAUGCUAAACCACAGCUGCUGCUGCUGCUGCUGCUGCGCGCGAAGGAUCGACGGGUGUAAAAAAUAAAAAAUAAAAAAAGGUGACGCGGGACUCUUUGUUGUUAUUUUUACGCAGUAGCCGACCUCACAUCUGGUUCAGCGGGCGAUGGCAGCCGCCGCAUCCCCAGGAUCGGUGAUAUAACAUCGGCUGGAGAGUUCAGGGAGAGCCGGAGAAAGCAGGUGAUGGAUCCGAGCCUUCCUUGUUUUCUCCUUUUCAUCUUUUUGAUUGGCUGUGUCAAAUGCUCCCUUGAUAGCCACCACCACAAUGGCACCCGCCACUUUGAGUACUGUGUGCUCGGAGCCGGUCCUGCGGGGCUGCAGAUGGGACAUUUCCUUUCCAAGGCCAAAAGAGACUACAUCAUCUUGGAGAGGAACUCGGGACCGGGCAGCUUCUUUAACAAGUAUCCCAGGCACAGGAAGCUCAUUAGCAUCAACAAGAUCUACACAGGAAGGCAGAACCGAGAGUUCAACCUGCGCCACGACUGGAACUCGCUGCUGAGCGAUAAACCUGACCUCCUGUUCAAGCGAGUGAGCAGCGAGUUCUACCCGCCGGCGGACGCCUUCCCGCUCUACCUGUCCAUGUUUGUGAAGGAGCUCGGGCUGAGGGUCCGGUACGGUGUGGACGUCGGACGGAUCAGAGCAACGCAGUCGGCCACCGGCGUGAGCUACGUCCUGACUGACCAGCAUGCGUCAGACUACACGUGCAGCGUCCUGCUGGUGGCCACAGGUUUGUGGGUUCCUCAGAAGGUGGAGUUUGUCGGUUCUGAGCUGGUCGAGGGCUACGAGUCCAUCUCCACCAACCCUGAGGACUACAAGGACCAGGCUGUACUUAUUCUGGGAAAGGGGAACUCCGCCUUUGAAACGGCCCAGAGCAUCUUGGGAAAAGCCAGUCGGGUGCACAUGCUCAGCUCCAGCCCCGUUCGACUGGCUUGGCAAACACAUUAUGUAGGAGAUCUCAGAGCUGUGAAUAAUGAGUUACUGGACACGUACCAGCUGAAGUCCCUCGAUGGGUUGGUGGAGGCGCGCCUGGAGAAAAUAGUUAUCGCUCGGCGAAAGGAGCAAGUCGGGAGGAGACCAGCUGUGAAGAAGAGAGAGAAGAGGGGAAAGUUGUACCUGACUUUAAAGAAGUACAAACAGAACCAGGACAAGAGGAAGAACAGUUCUGAAGUGACUGGGGAAGAACUGCCGGGGUAUCACAUCGACAACUUCUCCACGCGAAACCCCUACGACCGCGUGAUCCGAUGCCUCGGAUUCCGAUUCAACUUCAGCAUAUUCGACAGCUCUGCCUGCCCACCAAACAGUGACAAUGCAAAAGGGAGGUUGCCGGGGGUGACGGCCUGGUAUGAAGGGAAGAGCACCCCCGGUUUGUUUGUGCUGGGGACCGCGGCUCACUCCAGAGACUACCGCUCGUCCGCCGGCGGCUUCAUCCACGGAUUCCGUUACACAGCUCGAGCUGUACAUCGUGUACUUGAACGCCGUUACCACAGCAACCCGUGGCCAUCGACAAAGCUGUCGACAACGCAGCUGCUGUCCUGGAUCCUGAAGCGGGUUGGCGAGGCCUCUGGGCCGUACCAAAUGUUUGAAGUGCUUGGGGAUGUCGUACUCCUUCGAGGCUCUCACUGUGAAUACGUGGAAGAGUUUCCGAUCCAGGCCUUGCCUCAGUUCUCGUCUCUCUCGGGCCGCGAGGUGUCCAGCCACGGACUGGUAGUUGUAGUCAUGCAGUAUGGGAAGAAGAAGAUAGACUAUCUGGGGCGUAACAGGGCAGAAACAGACUGGAGCAGAGCUUGGAAAUCCAACUUUCUGCACCCUGUUUUAUACUACUAUGACACACUUCCUACCGAGGAGGAAAUGAAGCUCCGUCCCCACGGCUGGCCUCUACCAAGGCCCAAGGCAAUUCAUCACAUGGUUGAGGACUUCCUCACAGAGUGGGAGGGUCCCAUAUCUCACAUCCAGCCACUGCGGCGCUUCCUGGAGCGCUGUGUCCAGACUGACCUCAGAUCCUUCUAUGCAGAAUCAUGUUUCCAUUCAUCCCUUACCCACCGCAAGCCGCCGCUGUUCUGUCAGCAAGGAUACUUGAAGCGCCAGGGUGUCGCUCCCAAGAGUCGGCUGCGGCAGCACGUUCACGACGCUGGAUUGAUGCCCACUGAGCAGGAUGCAGACACAUCAGGGGCUGACCCAGCGUUCCCCAACUACCUGGCCCAAGCUGGAGCCUCCAUGUCUUCAGGACUGAGACUUGACUUAUGAUUGUUUUUACUUAAAGGGACAGUUCGGGGUUUUUUUUUUGACGUGGGGUUAUGUGAGGCACUCAUGAAUAGUCGGUUCAUCAACCUGCAGUGGAUUCUGUUCAGCACGCUCCCAGUUAGGAGAUUGUGCGUGGUUGAAAAAAAUGUAGUGCCAAAGGAAAGUGCUGUUUUCACGGGAAGAUAAACCGCUGAAAAUAUUCUACAUGAAGCGUACAUUUAAACGGAUAUUGGAUUCUCUCGGUGAGUGUUUUUAAAAGUGUCUAAGACAUGUUUUAGACAUCGCUCUUCUAGUCUGCCAGUGCUCCCGGUCCGAUCUCCUAACCGGGAGUGUGCUGAUCAGGAUCAAACAACCCCACUUCAAAAAACCCGAAUUAUCCCUUAAAGCGUGUUAAAGCUAUGCCUAUGAUGCUGUUAAGGUCCCUCAUACUUGCUACCUCCAGCGCCCAUAAUCAUUCCCUGCAUAAGACCAAAUAUUUUUGACUGAAUACCAUCCUACAGAUCCGUGGUUAGCUUCUCUUCUUGCAGCCCUCUCAUCACCAAUUGCAGAUUUCUACCACUUGACUAUUUCAACCAAAGAGUGAUUUCUUUCCUUGUUUUAUUUUAAUAAUGUUUAAGAGCCCUGAAGAAGUAAAAUUAUGCAAUUAUACACUAGAAAUAAAAAGGAGAAAUUAGGGGACAGUCUGAUAAAAUAAGUAUUACUAUGUGAGGCACCUUGUCCCUUAUUAGUAUUCCUCACAAAAUAUUUAUAUGCAUUAUAAUGUGCCAUUUUCAUAUCAUGGAAAUUUAGAUUAUAUGAAGCUAUAUAGGUGGAGGGUGGGUGUUACAGAAUGAUUAUGCAUUAUACAUUUUACAUGGUACCUGAAUAAACAUUUAAAAAAUAAAUACAAA